UAUCUUGGUAGUUUCCACUUUUUUUUGGAAAAAGUAAAACAAAAUAAUUCUUUUGUAUUUAUCAUGCAUGGAAGUUAAAUUUUAGGAGCUAAUUUCUUUCUUUGUAUGUGCAAAACCUGCUAACUACUGUAAAAAACAUUAACCUGGCUUAUUUAAGGUUCUCACUUGGUUUUUAAGGCUCUCCAGAAUAAGGUCCCAACCUUAACUAACCUGGUCGCCAAAAAGAAACUAAGCUCAUUCUCAACUCAAAUAUUUAUCCAUGAUUUUCCCUCAGUAAUGCCUUUUCCUCUUUUGUCCACCUGUGUGUUUCAUAAUCUCAACUGAAGUCCUAGGAAAGAAAGCCUGACUUGACUUUUAGCCUGUGUUAAUCACCGAAAAAAAAAAAAAAUCUUAUUCACAUUAUACACAUAACUCAUGUUGGUACUUCAAUAAUAAUAUCCUGUUGUAAUAAAGCACAGAAUGGUGCAAGGUUUAUAAAUUCAGAUGUUUUCAGAGGAUCAUCAGGUGGGUUGCAUAAGUAAGUGGACUAGAUAUAAAAUGAAAAAUACCUGGAGGAGGUCACUAGUCAGCUCUAGCCAAUUAUUGCUAUGCAGGAAUAUAAGCCCUAUAUUGUUUGAUCAUCAGAGUUUUCAAGAGAAGUAGAAACCAGAAUAUUACUGUAAUAUCUCCAGAUUCUAGCAAAUUCAAAAUAUAUUAAAAUACUGUACAGAUCAAAUAUGCUUUGAAGUGAUCAAUUUACAAUAACUGACUAGUGAGAAAGGUUGGUAUUUUGAGAUAACAGACCUGUAUUUGAAUCAUGAAUUAGGCACUUGGUAUUGGCUUGGUAUAGGCAAGUUCCAUAUCCUCUCUGAUUCUGUUUUUACAUCCAUAAAAUGGGAAAGAUACCUUUUUUAUAGGAUUGUGAGCAGUAUAAUAGAAAUAAUAUAGAAUGUUAUAAUAUAUGCAGAGAGGCAGAGUAGGCCUCCAAGGGUUACAUCCUAUGUGAAAGGGACUGUGGUGGAUGUCAGUGAAGCACAGUGAAGUAUUAAAAAGUAUUUGCCUUCAAGAAGCUUAAUCUAAUUUCUGAAACAUGAUAUAUAGUUGACCCUUGAACAACACGAGUAUGAACUAUGCAGGUCCACUUAUGGGUGGAUUUUUUUCAAUAUAUUGGAAAAAUUUUUGGAGAUCUGCAAUAAUUUGAAAAAACUAGCAGAUGAACUAUGUAGCCUAGAAAUAUUGAAAAAAUUAAGACAAAGAUAUGUUAUGAAUGCAUAGAAUAUAUGUAGAUACUAGUCUAUUUUAUCAUUUACUACCAUAAAAUAUACACAAAUCUAUUAUAAAAAGUUUAACUUUAUCAGAAUUUAUAUACUUAAGACUAUACAUGGCACCUCUUGCAGUCAAGAGAAAUGUAAACCAAUAUAAAAUGCAAUAUUAAGUCAUAACUGCAUAAAAUUAACUGCUGUACAUACUGCACUACUAUAAUAAUUUCGUAGCUGCCUCCUGUUGCUACUGUGGUGAGGCUAAGUGUUGGGGGUAUCUAUUUAAAAUGCCUUAUGAUGCUAAUCACCUCCAUAUAAGCAGUUCAUCUCUCCAGUAAAUUGUGUAUCACAGUAAAAAGUCAUCUCUUGUAGUUCUUGUGUAUUUUUCAUCAUGUUUAGUGCAAUGCCAUAAACCCAAAAACCUUGGAUAACACCAUGAGAUCCAUACGAAGUGUUACCAGUGAUGCUGAAAGUGCUCCCAAGAAGCAGAGAAAAGUCAUGACAUUACAAGAAAAACUGAAUUGCUUGAUAUGUAUCUAGAUAUGCCCACUAUUUCACAGUAAAUGAAUCCAGUGUAAGGACCAUUAUAAAAAAAGAAAAGGGAAUUCAUGAGCUUUGCUGCAGCUACACCAGCAGGCAUGAAAACCUUGCACUUUUUAAGAAAUACCUUUUUAUCUCAUUUUGAAAAUACAGCUUUUGUAUAGGUGCAGGGUUGCUAUAAGAAAGGUAUACCUAGAGACUAAUGUGAUUUGAGAAAAAGCAAAGCCAUUAUAUGACAACUUAAAAGAAAAAGGAAGGUGAAGGAUCUAAAGCCAACAAAGGAUAGUUUGAUAAUAUUAGAACAGGGUUGGCUUUAAAAAUGUCAAGAUAGCAGAGGAAGCAGCAGAUAUGUUCCCAGUUAUUAAGAAAAUCACUGAAGAGAAAGGAUAUCUGCCUGAACAGGUUUUUAAUGCAGACAAAAGUGUCCUAAUGUGGGGGUUGGGGGUGGGGGAAAUGCCACGAACGAAUGCCACGAACAACAUUUAUUAGUAAGGAAGAGAAGCAAGCACCAGGAUUUAGGGCAGGAAGGGAUAGACUGACUCUAUUUUAUGCAAAUGAUAAUGAUCAGCACUGCCCUUAUCUAUACAGCUGCUAAUUGAAGAGAAAAGAUAAACACUAGCUAUCAGUCUUUUGAUUGUACCACAGUUAGAAGGCCUGGACAUGUAGAACCUUUUUUCUGGAUUGGUUCCAUCGCCUUUGUCCCUGAAGUCAGAAAGUACCUUCCUAGUAUGAGACUGCCUUUUAAAGUUCUUUUGUUAUUGGACAAUGUCUCUGGCCACCCAAAAACCCAUGAGUUCAACAACAAUGGCAUUGAAGUGGUCUACUUGCCUCCAAAAUAACAUUUCUAAUUCAGCCUCUAAAUCAGUGGGUCAUCAGGACCUUUAAGGAUCAUAACACAUACCACAGUACUCUAUGGAAAGGAUGUAACCCGGCUAAAGAGAACAUCAUGAAAGGAUGGCACCACUGAAGGUGCCAUUGUUGCUAUAGAAAAAGCCAUGAAAGUCAUCAAGCCCAAAAUAAUACAUUUCUGCUGGAGAAAACUGUCUAGAUGUUGUGCAUGACUGCACAGGAUUUAUAACAGAGCCAAUUGAGGAAGUCAUGAAAGAGAUUGUGGAUAUGGCAAUAAAUAAUAAAUAAAUGUUGUGUGUAAGGGGGUGAAGGGUUUCAAAACAUGGAUCUUGGAGAGUUAAGAGCUAAUAGACACCACAGCAGAGGAAUUAACAGAAGAUGACUUGAUGGAGAACCAACCAGUGCCAGACAGUGAGGAAGACAUAGAAGCAGCAGGACAUAGAAACAGCAGGAUGUAGAAGCAGCAGUGCCAGAAAACAAACAGACAUACAAUCUGAUAGAGGGGUUCCGAUUAUUCAAGACUGCUUUUGAUUUCUUUUAUGACAUGGACCUUUCUAUGAUAUGGGCACUGAAACUAAGGCAAAUGGUGGAAGAAGGAUUGGUACUGUAUGGAAACAUCUUUAGAGAAAUGAAAAAGCAAAGAAGUCAGACAAAUAAUGAUGUAUUUCCAUAAAGUUACACUGAGUGUCCCUGCCUCUCCUGCCUCCCCUUCCACCUCUCCUCCCUCUUCUGCCUCUGCCACCCCUGAGUCAGCAAGACUAAUCCCUCCUAUACCUUCUCCUCAACAUUCAAUGAAGACAAGCGUGAAGACCUUUACGAUGAUCCACUUAAUGAGUAGUAAAUAAUCAUAUGCCGUAAACUCAUCUGUUGUGUGUGUGUUUGAGUGUCUUCCUGUGAAAAUCUAUUAACUAUGGCAAGAACUGUAUGAGACUUUUCAUAUGUCAUCAUCAUCAUCACCUAAGUAUUCACUGUGUAGAACAUCAUGUACAAGACUUGUAUUGAAGUGGAUAGCCUUUCCUUACAUAGGCAUAAGUUGAAGAAACUGUGUAUCGGCCUAACAUCACAGAGUGAUCAUCCUCUACUUGUCCUACGUGGAACAAAAAACAAAAUUACCAACUCAGAGCACUGGAUUCCCAAACUUUAUUUCAGGAUUGCAAGCUGUCUACUGUCCUGCUGUGACCUCAAGUGCAGAGUAUUUAAAAAUAAACUCAUCUUCACAAAACUGUCUUCAUGUUUCUGUGGGAUUAUUCCUCCAGUAGCUCAACAGCUUCACAGAGAAAAUAUUCAACGAAUAGUACGGGAAGCUCUCUCUCUCAGUAAAGUCUCUCCAAGUGAACUGUCAGCAAUUGCAACUACCAUUAAACCAGGACUUGCGUUAAGCUUGGGAGUAGGCUUAUCAUUUAGCCUACAGCUGGUUAACCAGUUUAAAAAGCCCUUCAUUCCCAUUCAUCAUAUGGAGGCUCAUGCACUUACUAUUAGAUUGACAAAUAAAGUAGAAUUUCCUUUUUUAGUUCUUUUGAUUUCUGGAGGUCAUUGUCUAUUGGCAUUAGUUAGAGGAGUUUCAGAUUUUCUGCUUCUUGGAAAGUCUUUGGACAUAGCGCCGGGUGACAUGCUUGACAAGGUAGCAAGAAGACUGUCCUUAAUAAAACAUCCAGAGUGUUCUACCAUGAGUGGUGGGAAGGCUAUAGAGCAUUUGGCUAAACAAGGAAAUAAAUUGCAUUUUGAUUUCAAACCUCCCAUGCAACGUGCUAAAAAUUGUGAUUUUUCUUUUUCUGGACUUCAACACGUUAUUGAUAAGACAAUAAUGCAAAAGGAAAUAGAGGAAGGUAUUGAGAAGGGACAAAUCCUGUCUUCAGCUGCCGACAUUGCUGCUGCAGUACAACACACAAUAGCAUGCCACAUUGCAAAAAGAACACAUCGUGCUAUUCUGUUCUGCAAGCAAAGAAACUUAUUAUCUCAAAGUAAUGCAGUACUGGUUGUAUCCGGAGGAGUUGCAAGUAACUUAUAUAUCCGAAAAGCUCUGGAAAUUAUAACAGAUGCAACACAAUGCACUUUGUUGUGUCCUCCUCCUAGACUGUGCACUGACAACGGCAUUAUGGUUGCAUGGAAUGGUGUUGAAAGAUUGCAUGCUGGCUUGGGCAUUUUAUACGACACAGAAGGCAUCCGCUAUGAACCAAAAUGCCCUCUUGGAGUAGAUAUAUCAAAAGAAGUUGGAGAAGCUGCCAUAAGAGUACCACGAUUAAAAAUGAAGAUUUGAUUUUUGUUUUUCAAAAAAUCCCUAAAGGUAGUAUUUCAACAUUCAAUUUUGAUUUUUUGUAUAUCAAAUUGUAGGGGAUACACACUAUUAAUUGUUCAUCAAAGCUUUCUUUUGUUAUUCCUUCUCUUAUGAUUGAUGUUUAAUCUUCUCUUCUGAAAGACUGUAAUACAAUAUUAUAGUAUUAUAAGUUUUUUUUAAUCAAAAAAAAAAAGUAAAACAUCUAAUGGGGUAAAGAAUAUACUGAUACUGGGAGGUAGAAAAAUAAACCUGCAGAAAGAAAUAGAGCAAUUCUGCUAAAUCCUGGUCCUGUAUUAUACAGGCCUUGAUCUUUUCCCCCUUUCUCAUAUCAGGGUAGUAGAAGCUUUUCUUUUCUUUUCUUUUCUUUUUUUCUUUUUUUGCUUUUGCUGAAACAUUAGCCUGACUUUUCUAAUGAAAGGACAAUUUUAUAAAGGGAACCAGGUAAAAGUCAUGUCAAAUCAUAGAAUUCUAAGUCAAGACAAGACAAAGGGUGACUUUCUCUAACAUAAUGUAUAUUAUUAAUUAUAAAAAUAUAUAGGUAUCUUCUCUGGAGCAAAUGGAAUAUACAUACAUUUCUUAAAACCCAUCUGAGAUUUUAAGAAGUAUGACAUACAGGUAAUCUCUCAUUGUGUAUUGUACUUUUUAGUUGACCACAUAUAUUUACAUCUAUUAUUUUAGAAAUUAUAUUUAAAGAUUACAGUAUAUGAAAUGAAAAGGCUUUUGUUUUGGUUUUGGAUAAUUUCCUUGGUAUCUGAAACUUUGUACUGCAGAUUUUAUAAUAGUUUUUUUUUUCUGCCUAGAUUAAAGUAACUGAAUGUAAAGACAAUGCUACGGACUAUUUAUGUCCUUUGAGAGAUUUGAACAAUAGAGAUUUAUAUUUUAUGUCAUCCAUCCAGGAGCAAGUUGUUAACUUUUUAGUCAGUGACUUAUUUUAUUGAGAAACUAGGAGGUAAAGAUAAAAAUCUAGAACGAAAAGAUUUCUUAUUUUAAUCUUGCUUUAAGGUAACCUCCCUUUUGGGGAGAUCAUAGAGUAUUGCUUUAAGAUCAUCCAUUUUUAACCUCAAAUAGAAAUAUAAUUUAUACGAACAUAUAGGAACAGCCAAUAUUUAUAAAGCUUUGCGUUCUUUAAUAUUGAGGAAUAAGUAUGAGGGAACUGGUUCGUAAAUAUAAUUUAAAAGAAACAAUAAGUUUGUGAAUUCACAUUUUACAUUUGGAUUUGUGUUCUGUAUUAUGUGGAUCUGAAUUUAAAGAGAAGAAGUGCAAUUAUUUCCUGUGACUAUUACAAUCAGAGUACAUAUAAACUAUGGGGAAAAAAAUCGACCAAAAUUUCUUCCCACUAUAUCAAAUAUUAUAAAAUAGGGAUAUUUAUAAUCUAAUUCUUAAAAUUUCUAAGUAUCAAAAUUGUUCCAGGAACUAUAAGCACACAUGACAAAAUUGAGUUCAUGAUAUAAAUAAGGGAAACUACAGAUAGGAAGGAAGGAAGGAGGGAGGGAAGGAGGGAGGAAGGGAAAGAAGAGAAAGAUGGAAAGGAAAAGAAAGAAAAGGAAGGAGAUAUACUGGUAAGCAUGUGUGCCAAAGUUAGCUUACAGUACAGGUAAGAGGCAAGUAAUUUGCUGAAACUUUUUAUAUAUUGAGGUCUUUCUUAUCUUAUACAUGAUUUUAAAAAAUAAGAAAAUGUGAGGUAAUAAAAAUAAUCCUUAUGGGGGCAGUGCUGUGCUUUAGGAGAACUACUAUAAGUAUUAGGAGUAGUAGGAUAGGAGUAGUAGGAUAGAUAGGACAAGAUACUCAGGAAAUGCCUGCUAUUGAAUGCAAAAACACCCUGAUCCUCAACCUUGAAAAUACUCAAAAUACAGUCUUUAGCCCACCCGAAGCUAGUUGCAAAGCUCAGUUUACUGUCUAAAGGCUUUAUUUUAAGGGUACAGAGGCUUAACAUUUCCAUUAAUGUGAAUUCUUAUCCCUUAAUGGUACUGAAUAAAUGACACGGUUUUUUUAUCAUUUGAA